AUGUAUCUUGGCAGUCUUCUCUCACUGGCUGGCCACGGUCGCCUCAGCCUUUUGCAGGAGACCAAAGCUCCUCCCUCCUCCACCCCCUCCUUCUUGCCGGGGGAGCCCGAGGUUGCACGCGUGGUGGCGGCACGUCCGGAGAUUGCUCAGCAGGUGGCCAAGGCCGCCUGGCCUGCCAAGGAUGCGUCCGUGACUACCUUCCUUUUCGCGGUCGGACCGGAAGCGGCGUGA